UUGUUUAUUUUCAGAUGGAAAAACCUGGUGGAGGCAGGGGGUGUCAACUGCAGAGCAUCACCUGAAGAACUGGAAGGUGAUGCUGUGGGUGAUGGCGUCUUUGCUGAUACUGGUGGAAGAUGUGUUUUCUGUAGCAGACAAUAAAGAGGCUCAGUCAGACCUUCUACGUGUCUUCAGCCAGCCUUCCUGGUCACCAGCAGAGGAUCUGGAACAAGACAGCAAUAUCCUUACACCCUGGCCUGAAGUUGUUGAGUGGUCACUAAUGCAGGAAGAGGAAAACCAACAGAACAGAUGGCGGCGCUCCCUUCAUGACCCAAAGUCACCCAAAAUAUCAAGGCGGAACCACAAGAAGACCAAGAGCAGUCACAAUUGCCACUUGCAGAGGAAGAAGAUACGGGUGCGGGACCUCGGUCUUGGUUACAACUCAGAUGAGAUUGUUCUCUUUAAGUACUGUGUUGGCACAUGCCACAGUUCCCGCAAAAACUAUGACUUGGCACUCAAAGCUCUGAUGGACGACAGAAGCAUCUCCAGCAAGAGGGUCAGCAGUCACCCUUGUUGUCGUCCUACACGCUAUGAGACUGUGUCCUUCAUGGAUACUAAGACUAUGUGGCAGACAAUUAAGUGGCUCUCAGCGGCCAACUGCAGCUGUGUGGGCUGAUUGCAAAGAUGCGUGACUAUAUGCAGUCGGCAAACACAGAAAGGCUCUUGUGAAAAAAUAGGAUGCCUGGAGGCCUGGUCGCCAUAGUGGGAUGACUAAAUCCUGGCUCAUUCCAGCAGCCAGUGCUGUCCCACCGCAAAUAGCUUGGCUGUUUUUAAUUGAAGUUCAGGUAUCUUCA